AUGGUUGCGGAAGAGGAGGCAGCAACACUCGGAGAGGCCGAGGCCAUCCCCGUUGGCGAGACUGUGCCACCUGCGCAACCUCCGCCGGAGGAAGCCGGCCUAUCGCAUGCCAUCUCCUUGGCGAUGCGGGAGCAGUACUCGCCAGAGUGCUCCAUUUAUGUGGGUGGCCUGGAGGGUGAGGACGAAAUCUGGCCAGAACAGCUGUACGAGCAUUUCAAGGAGUGCGGGGAGGUGAAGCGAGUUUGUAUCAAGAUUGACAAGGCGUCUGGUGAAAGGCUGGGCCAUGCUUACGUGGACUUCGCCGAGGAGUCUCAGGCGGAGACGGGCAAACACGAGCAAGAUAUGCGUGACGCAGAGCCCAGAAAAUCGGGCGAUGAGCCUGCAGCCUGCAUCAGGAACCCGCCUGCAGGGGCCAUGUUUUGCGGCAAUGCAGCGUGCUCUGCUUUGCAGUUGCCUUCUCCAUGCAGGCUCCGCCUCGAACACCGCGGCGUGUUGCUGUCAUGUGCUGCCCUCUCCGUGGCAGCAUAUCGUGAAAGCUUCGCAAAGAUCCAGCAGGAGCUCGAGCUGGAGCUCCAGGAAGAGCUGCAGCUCCGUGAUGAGCUAAUGGAGGCCUUCGACGCCUUCGAAGCACUGGAAGGCGAUGGCGCCCUUUUCGGGGACAUGCGGAAAGGCCGCUUCUUCAAGGCUUCACAGAUGCUGGAUGACGAUCCGACUUCCGUACUCAGCCGACUGAAGCUUGGCUUCUCGAGAGGGCAAAACAUUGUGGUCGUGGGAGCUGGUGGGGUCGGCAAGACAGACACGAUCAAGCUGGCAAUGGAGGACCUCAACAAGUCCAAGGCGAGCUUCGAUCUGCGGUCAUGGUACAUGGACCAGGUUGGCAUGACAAAGGAGAACCGUGGCGACUACGUCAAGGGCUACGGGGAAGACGGCAGGUCAGCAGUCAAGGCAGAGCAGCUGCGACUGCUGCAGGAAGGCCAAGACAAGAUCAAGAACGAGAUCGGAGAGAAGAAAGCUGACAUUCUGUUCUUUGAUGAUGUGGACUUGGGCAACGGCUUUCUCAAUCAGGAUGAGCUUGACGCAAUGAAGUUGCUCCUCGAGUGGGGCAACGAGCUCGCAUCCGACAAGGCCAAAGUUGUGGUGCUUCAUCCUUUGGUCUCCACGCAGGGUGCAGUGCACUCGGUGCUGGCUUCGAACGGCUUCCCGUCUCCAGGUGAUGUUGCGUGGAUUGACUUUAGUCAGCCGUACACCGCGAACCAAGAGGCAGCCAUGAUUACUGGCAUCCUUGACGGCCACAACGGGACGGAAGUCUCGAGUGUCGUGAGCAGGCUUCAGAGCUACUUCAUGGGCAUGCCAAACGCAUACUUGCCUUUCCUCGUUAACAAGGGAGGAGUUCUGAGCGAGCUCUCCGCGAUGCCGCUGGACGCAGCAGAAGAGGCCGUGCGCUCGACAGCGAAGCAACAGAUUGGCGGGAAGCUGAUCCAGAUCAAUAUCGGCUUCCAGGCAUCAGAGGCUGCUCGUACUGGAAUCAAACUACUGCUGGACCACCCUGAUGCCAAGAUCCAGGACGAAGAAGCGCGGAAUGGUGGAGUGGCCGCCAUGGCCUUGGAGAAGCAAGGCUCUACGUAUGUCGUUCCUCCCGUGAUGAGGGAUGCCUUCCGCGACUACUGCAAAGCUGCAUCGGACAAGGACAAGGGGAAGGUGAAGCCGAUCUGUGAUGAGUGA